GGACGGACCAGUAUAGUGACCCAGCAGACUUGCUUCCGAGGAAUUUAUGGUUUCUUCUUCUGUCUUCACACCAUCUGAGUGGCGACAGACAAGGUUACAGAGAAAUUGAGUUCCACUCUCUCAUGGGUGAAGAACACAGUGUCUCACACUGUCAGUCAAAUGGCUAGUCAGGUGGCAAGCCCAUCUGCAACAUCUUCAUCCCUACAUACUACAUCCUCAUCUACAACACUCUCAACACCAGCACUCUCACCAGUAUCACCAACCCAGCUCAGUCCAGAUGACCUGGAGUUACUUGCCAAGUUAGAAGAACAGAACAGACUUUUGGAGACCGAUAGCAAGUCUUUGAAAUCAGUAAAUGGAUCUCGUCGAAACAGUGGAUCUUCCCUUGUAUCUAGUUCUUCUGCUUCAAGUAACCUCAGUCACUUGGAAGAAGAUUCCUGGAUUCUUUGGGGAAGAAUGGUGAACGAGUGGGAAGACGUCCGAAAAAAGAAAGAAAAACAGCUAAGGGAACUUGUACGAAAAGGGAUUCCUCAUCAUUUCCGAGCUAUUGUGUGGCAGCUCCUCUGCAAUGCCCAAAAUAUGCCCAUCAAAGAUCAAUAUUCAGACCUCCUGAAGAUGACCUCUCCUUGCGAAAAACUUAUAAGAAGGGAUAUUGCCAGAACGUAUCCAGAACAUGAUUUUUUCAGAGAAAAGGAUAGCCUGGGACAAGAGGUUUUAUUUAAUGUUAUGAAGGCUUAUUCACUUGUGGACCGUGAAGUUGGUUAUUGUCAAGGAAGUGCUUUUAUAGUGGGACUUCUUCUUAUGCAGAUGCCAGAAGAAGAAGCAUUUUGUGUCUUUGUGAAGCUAAUGCAAGAUUACAGGCUUCGAGAGCUUUUCAAGCCCAGUAUGGCUGAGUUGGGUCUAUGUAUGUACCAGUUUGAGUGGAUGAUACAGGAACAGCUACCAGAACUUCAGGUGCACUUUCAAUCCCAGAGUUUCCAUACCUCCAUGUACGCCUCAUCCUGGUUCCUAACUAUUUUUCUGACUACAUUUCCACUGCCAGUUGCUACAAGAUUAUUUGACAUAUUCAUGUCAGAGGGUCUAGAAAUCGUUUUUCGUGUUGGAAUAGCUAUUCUUCAAGCCAAUCAGGCAGAAUUGAUGCAGCUUGAUAUGGAAGGAAUGUUACACCACUUUCAAAAGGUCAUUCCACAUCGAUUUGAUAGCGGUCCUGACAAGCUGAUCCAAGCAGCUUAUCAAAUUAAAUACAACGCAAAGAAGAUGAAAAAGUUAGAAAAGGAAUACACUACAUUAAAAAAUAAAGAAAUGGAAGAACAAGUGGAAAUUAAGAGGUUACGUACAGAAAAUCGACUGUUGAAACAGCGAAUUGAAACAUUAGAGAAGGAAAGUGCUUCUUUGGCAGAUAGAUUGAUCCAGGGACAAGUGACAAGGGCACAAGAGGCAGAGGAAAACUACCUCAUUAAACGGGAGCUGGCCACCAUUAAACAGCAGAGUGAUGAGGCUAGUGCUAAGCUGGCGAAAGCUCAGAAUGCCUUCAGGGAGCUCCAAGAGCAACGGCCUAAAUGCAAUCCACGCUAUAGUGAGGAUUUUGUACUGCAGUUGGAGAAAGAGCUUGUGCAUGCAAGGCUACGAGAAGCAGAGUCUCAGUGUGCACUUAAAGAGAUGCAAGACAAACUCUUGGACAUAGAAAAGAAAAAUAGCUUCUUUCCUGAUGAAAAUAACGUGGCCAGGUUGCAAGAAGAACUUAUAGGAGUGAAACUGAGGGAAGCGGAAGCACUAACGAGCCUGAAAGAACUCAGGCAGCAAGUUAAGGACUUAGAAGAGCAUUGGCAGCGCCAUCUAGCGAGAACUACCAGUCGGUGGAAAGACUCACCACGGAAGAAUCCUGUUAAUGAGCUGCAAGAGGAACUGAUGUCAGUGCGUUUUAGAGAAGCUGAAACACAGGCUAAAGUGAAAGAAAUUAAGCAAAGGAUGAUGGAGCUUGAAACACAGAACCAAAUCAACAGUAACCACCUCCGUCGAGCGGAAGAAGAAUCCCGUGCUCUGCACGAGAAAGUGCAGUAUCUCACGGCCCAAAACAAGGGAUUGGUCACUCAGUUAAAUGAAGCGAAACGAAAAUUUGCUGAGCUGGAAUACAAGAAUAAAGAAGAUGUGAUGGCUGUAAGACUUCGAGAAGCAGAUAGUAUUGCAGCUGUGGCUGAGCUCCAGCAACACGUUGCUGAACUAGAAAUCCAGAAAGAAGAGGGUAAAAUUAAAGGUCAUCUCAGUAAUUCCGACUCCACCCAAUACAUCCGAGAACUAAAGGAUCAGAUAGAAGAGUUGAAGCAUGAGAUCAGGUGCCUAAAAGGACAGAGAAACUUCUCAGGCCCACCCACUUUUGAUGGAAUCCACAUUGUGAACCACUUGGUAGAUGAUGACUCAUUCCACUCCUCUGAUGAAGAUCUAGUAACCGAUUCUAUGAGAGUCAGUAAUUUCUUGGAGGUUCCACACCAUUUUCAGAGCCACAGCAGAAAUGUACAAAUGAAAACUAUUGAGAAAGACAGUGAAGACAGUUCAGACAGUGAUGACGAGGACAGAACAAUAUCUUCUGGUCAUUGCAGUCAGACUAUCCACCCACAGGUCUGCACAGGUAGUCAGAAACAGGAUUCUUUCUCCACCACUGUGUGACCGUCACUAUGAACAAAAUGAAGUUUUCUGGUUCCUAUCACAAACCAGGUGUGCUCCAGUCAAUCAACAAGACUAUAUGCAGCUUCCAGUCUUGCCUGCUGAUGAAAACAAAGGGACUGGUGUAAGGAAUGACAUGGGAGUCGGCCAUGAUAAGUGGUGGAGAUGCAUGUUUCAUACUGAAUUGGGAUGGGAGGUGGUGGGGGAAGGGGGUCAUUUUAUCUGUUCCUUUGUCUGUGUUACCUUUGCCAAACCUUUCCAAUAUAAUUAUCGUUGCCAUAUGGUACUAUGGGAGAAGACUCAUUAAAGGACAAGGGGAAAAAAGAUGUCGACAGUAUUAUAUAGCUUCCUCUUUGUUGGCUUUUUAAACUUGAAAUACAUACAUCAUAAUUUAUUUACAUUAAAUACUUCAGAGAAUGGAAUUGGGAGCCCUUGGGACAUUGGUUGCUUAUGAAAAAGAUGCAUCAUCUUGUGCAAUAUUGAUCGUAUUUUAUGCUAAAGAGAACAAAAUUUUAUUUGUUUUAUGACUUAAAUAUACCAUGAUGGUCUUACUGGUGGAUCAAAUGAGAUUAUGCCUUCAAGGCGCUUUGUGGUCAGAAAUAUGUCAAUAGACAGUCUUAAUUGGGCAUCAGAGUAUUUUAAAGUACAAAAAAUGUGCAAUUAGAACAUUUUCAAAAGCAGCUCCACACUGUAGUGUAUAAUGGACUUGCUUAGAAUCCCAACUGGAUAAUCUGUAUCUUUAAGAAAAAUACUUAAAUGCAAAAUAUCAACUGCUAAGAUUGCUGUUCAUAGACUUUUACAUGAUUUUGUCCCUUUUUUUUAUUUUGUGUUUGCUUUUGAUGUGUUUGAUAACAAAUUGUGAUGUAUCUGGUAUGUGUUACAGCAAUGUCAAAUUUUAUGUGUUACUUUGUUCUGACCACGAAAUGUAGUUCAGCGUUAAUAUAUAUUUUAAUGUUAACCAGAAAUGCAUUAACUUGCAUUUCCACUGCUGUCUCAACAGCCCACUUGAAAAUUUGGGGAUUUCAACAUAGUCAUGCGCUGGUUGCCCUAGUUUUUAACCGUAUAAGGGAAUACACAAACACUAUCAAGAUACUCUGUUAUGCAGAGGUGAGAAAGCCUGCUAAGAAAGUAUCCUUGUUAAAUGUAUGUUAGCUCUGCUUGGCAGUUGUUAACACUAGCCUUUUCACUUCACUAACGAGAAUGCUUGUAUAAAACACUUAUCAGUGCUUCUCUUUUAACUUUAAGAUUAUAACCUGAUCAUAAUAAAGUUUUCAUGAUUUAAAGGGA